AUGCCAUCGUUCUUCAACAGACCCUCCUGGGCAUCGAAACAGACAGGCGAUGCCAACCCGGAGUUUUAUCGUCGAUCGGGCCAAACAUAUUCGGACAUUGUCGCGGCGAAUCGAGAAGCGCACGAGAAGCACCAUGAAUCAUCUGUAGAUGACGGGCGCGGGCACAAACGGCUUCGUCUUUCGGAUGCCGCGGAAGAAGAGCGCAGUCCAGAAGACUCCGGCGCUGAUGGAGCUGACAGUGCACAGCAUGGACCAGGCGAUCUCCCUGAACCUUCACGCUCGCCAUCGCAUCCUCACAACAAACCCCAUACUGAGUUGCUGGAAAUUACUGACUCCGAUGGGGAGAGCGCGCCCGCAGACUCGCCUGAAGGCGACCUCCCUGCAAACAAUACUCCAGAAGUGGACCGCCCGAGGGCUCUAGAAUCUCACGAUGAUUCGACUGCCCGCUCUACUACAAUUCUUGAAACAGAGAGCGGCGCACAUGACUCAAUGAAUAAAAAUGUCCAACGCCCUUUGGAUACGGCAAUUAUCUCGCCACAUCCUCCACCAUUGAUCCCCCCAGCAGAGAAGGAACUACCCGCACGAAAGCCAGAAAGGCCGGCAAUACCAGAACCAGCGGCAAAGCCCGAACCAACUGUGCAAAUCCUGAUUUCAUCAGACAUCAUCAACACGAAGCCGCUGCUUGUUCAUCGCAAGAUGUCCCAAGGACUGCGGGAAGUGCGAUUAGCAUGGUGUAAGCGCCAAAACUUCACAGAAGAUAUGCAGUCGUCUGUGUAUUUGACCUGGAAGGGUCGGAGACUAUUCGACGUAACUACCUGCAACAGCCUGGGGCUCAAUAUGGACCACAGCACGAUUCCUGAGAUGGACGAUGAAGUACCGUCCAGUCCAGCUGAACUAAAAAUUCAUAUGAAGGCGGUUUCCGAUACUCUUCCCACAGGCAAUCCAUCUGGGUCUUCUCCCGAUACGGGCACGAGCAAGAAGUCACCGCCCCGCGAUGAGGAGGAUGCGCAGGCGCAACCGAUUCGGAUCGUCCUGCGAAGCCCCGGGAUGAAUGACUUCCGGAUCAAAGCGAGGCUGAAAACACCAGUGUCCCGCUUAAUUUCGGCUUUUCGAGACAAACACGACGUUCCCAGCGACGCAGACGUGGCCCUGGUCUUCGAUGGGGACCGGCUGGAUCCUGAUACCUGUCUCGAAGACUAUGAUAUUGACGACCUGGAUUUGGUUGACGUGCAGAUUAAAACCCGGUGA